AUGGACACAAAGUCUGAGCGUUCAGUGGCCACGGGCGUCGGCCCCGUACCGACCGGGCGGACUUCUUCUUUUUAUGACCCCGAGAUCGGAGGAGCUGCGAGGACGGCACAAGAAGAGAUAGACGAGAAGAUUUUCACCAAGGAGAUUCGGCAAGGGUUCAUACGAAAAGUCUAUGGGAUUAUCGCGAUGCAGCUGAUCGCUACGGCCGGCGUCACCGCGCUCUUCCUGUUCGUCAAACCCGUUCAGGCGUGGUUUCUGCUCCAUGGCCAGCCUGUCAUGAUCGCUGCUUCGGUUCUGCUUCUUGUCACUUCGAUUCCGCUGGUGUGUUGCGAAUCCGCAUCCCGCCGAUUUCCAGUCAACUACUUGCUGCUGUUUGUCUUCACGGUGGCGGAGUCAGUCCUCGUCGGCGCGAUAACGUCGCACUACAGCGAGAAGACGGUGUUGAUUGCGGUAGCUGGCACUGCGGCGAUCACUAUCGGCUUGUCGCUCUUUGCGUGCCAAGUGAAGUAUGACUUCACGUCCUGGGUCGGCAUUCUCUUCAUCCUCAUGCUGAAUCUGAUGAUCUUCGGGUUGUUCUGCUUCAUCCUUCCUAAGUGGGCACAGAUCCUGUAUUCCAGCCUCGCCCUCCUUGUCUUCUCGAUCUACCUAGUCGUCGACACGCAGCUCGUGAUAGGCCGCGGGAAGCUGCGGCUGAGCGAAGACGACUACAUCGUCGCCGCGCUCAUGAUCUACGUCGACAUCAUCACCAUCUUUUUGCACCUUCUGCGCCUUGUGGCCGCGGCGACAGAUAACAAUUAA